GAAAGCAUAUAGUGUUUGUUGGGAGUAGGGCUUUAGUCUCUUUGAUUGACACUCUGCUCCACAUAAAAGAGAGGGCAGCAGACUUUGCAUCUCUGCCCCUUUUUACUCGUUUGCUUACCUUACCUUUGCUUUCUUCUCUCUCUCUCUUCCCUUUCAUCAAACAGGAAUAAGGGAAGGCUGAUUUAUAUGAUGGGGGAGAGGAUCCCACCAGGGAGUUACUUUCAGUAUCCGCCUUCUGGAGUCCUUGCUUCCCCUCAUAGGGCUUCUUCUCUUCCUACGGAUCGUGAAAGAUAUUUCGCUGAAUUAUGGACAGAGAAACAGAAAUUGGUACCUUUCACUCAAGUUCUGCCUCUAUGUACCAGGCUUCUUAAUCAAGAGAUCAGAAGGGUCUCAGGACUUACUCCUAGUUUUGUGGAUCAUGAGAGAAUUGAGCAUGAUAGUCCUUUCAGGUCAUUGGGUCAACAUCCCAAUGGGAGACAGAUGGAUUUGGAGGGAUGGUCUGUAAUGCAAACAGAGGAAAAUGGGCACAUGCAACAAGUUGCUCCAAUUCAAGCUGCAUCAAUGGGUUGGCCUGGUUUGCCAAGAGCCCCAACAACACCUAUUGUAAAGAGAGUUGUUAGACUUGAUGUACCUGUCGAUAAAUAUCCAAAUUAUAAUUUUGUUGGCCGAAUCUUGGGACCACGAGGGAACUCCCUAAAGAGAGUUGAAGCUAUGACAGAGUGUAGGGUGUACAUAAGAGGCAAGGGUUCUGUCAAGGAUUCUGUAAAGGAAGAGAAGCUGAAAGAUAAACCUGGAUAUGAACACCUUAAUGAGCCAUUGCAUGUGUUGGUGGAGGCUGAAUUUCCCGAGGACAUGGUAAAUUCUCGAUUGGAGUAUGCUGUUGCAAUACUAGAAAACCUUCUGAAGCCUGUGGAUGAAUCCUUGGAUGGCUACAAGAAACAGCAGCUUAGGGAGUUGGCUUUGCUAAAUGGUACCUUAAGGGAAGAGAGUCCGAGUAUGAGCCCAAGCAUGAGUCCUAGUAUGUCGCCCUUUAACAGUACAGGAAUGAAGAGGGCGAAGACGGGCAGAUGACCGUAGACACAUGACGAUAAAUCUGUGUCCUGUUGGCUUGCUGCACAUACCGUCGCUUGAAAUUAUGACGAUAGCUUAGGGAGGCUGAGUUAGGAAGAGCUAAGUCAAACUCCUUUGAGCUUUGGGCAAUCUCCGAUGAUCCCUCUUUCAUGCAUUAUUCAUUCCCCAUAAGGUUUGACGUCUCUACUUCAUUAGUUAAAAUAACCUAUUUCCCCUAAUUGUUUUAGCCAUGUUCUUCUGAUGUGCUCCAACAUUCUUUGUACCGACAAUCUUGCAUUAUUUCUUGCAUAUAUCUACAUAUGUGUGCCCUUCUUAAUAAGAUAUAAUCAUUGUAUUGCCUAUUGUCUUAAUAGUAAGUAUCCUCUCAAUAUCUUGUUUAUUUUA